CGUUAGACAGUUCUAUCAAAUGUAUUUUGGAUACAUGUCAUUCUUUUUAUUAGGUUCCAAAGUCUUUCUGUAGGCUACUUUAAUGUUCCCACACAUAGAAAAAAAAAACUUUCCUUUUUUAGGGUUUCUGGCUAAUCAUGCCGAAAUAAGAGAAAGACUUUAAUGUCCUUAACUUUUCUCUCUGUGUCCCUUCGCUCGUUUGGAACCGAAGGCAGAGAGAGCCCCGUCGAAGGACGCACUCUCCUCGUGUGUCUGGGAUGACAACUCAUUGGUGUUCAGCACUGGACAGCGCUUCAUGUCAGCGGGGUAGGGAUCCGAGCAAAUCGCACAGUCAUUUGCGUGCUGUUGCGCUGGACGUCGACCGCUGUUAACCCUACACUACAUCUACUGAUCGAACUGAAGAUCUGACUCUGACAUUCAGGCGUUUACUUUCCACGGAUCCAGCUCGCUACGCUUGGGUCUGGCAAUGCAGGAACUCGUGAUGCUUGGGAAGGAGACACACGAAAUCGCACGUUUUUACGCACAGUGAUGUCUUCUUCCAGACGCAUUUUACACGUGUUCUCGGAUGCGAUGGGGGUAAUGCAGACUGAGCUGUGACAUGUUUUAUCUGCGAAAUAGUAACUGGUAUCCGACUAUCUUUGCUCCGUUAAUGAGUCAAGGUGUAAUACCUAAUCUAGUGGAUGUUCACCUUGGACAGUUCUCUCUGGGAACUUGUAUCUGCCGCUCUUUGACAAUGCAAGACAAGCCGCGUGGAAUAUUGGCGACUGAGGGAUGAACGCUGGAGACAUUUGACGUGUGUGCUCGAGGAUUCAUGCUGCAAUAUAUACCUACUUUGUCUAAUUAAAUGACUAAUUAACGUUCUAGUUUUACAGCUCAUUUCCGCUAGAGUGAGUGAAAUAGUGUGUAACAAGCCAUGAGUUUCCAUGAGCGUCCGACGGUUGGUCGUAUUUCACGGUACCUGUUGGAUUGACCUCCAGGACUACCCCUUUCUCAGGCUGCUUGCUUUUUUAGUAAGAUUUUAUGGCGUGCUGUCCAACCUUGCAAGGGCACAAUUCCACCAUGGAAGGCCAUUUGUAAAGGAGGUCAACGCAGCUUCUGUGAACGACGUGAUACAUAUCCGGCACUAUGUUUUCUUGCAACACCAGUGCAAUCACUGACUGGAGUUAUUUCCUGUCGCAGAUACUGCCGCUGAUGAACAAGUCGACGGGAUUCGUUCAUGACAGUAUGGAGAAAGUGGAAGCGGUCACGAACCCCAUGGUGACCGCUUUGGAACCCGACCUCGCCGGGAUGAGUGCAAGCCACCCGCCCCUGGACUCGAACCACACGUCCGGGCUGGAGCAUAUCUUCCAGUACUCGUACUCCGAGAACAACCAUCUGUACACGGACUACAGAACGCCGCCCAAAGACCCGAUCCCCCUGCCCAAAGCAGUCCUGUACUUAGUCAUGGCUGCGUUAGUGGUUGUGGCAGUGGCUUAUGCCAUCGUUGGGCACCUGGUAAAAGACCUGGUCCAUGAAUUUGUCGACUGGGUGUUUGGCCCUCAUUCGACCAGGGCAAACAGCAGCAAGACGGACAUCCACUGCAUCACAAGCACUGUGAAUGAGAUGAGUGAUCUGCCACAGAUGGUGGAAACAAACUUCAUUUCCCAUGACCACCCUAAUUGCUCAGGUGCCAUCAAGGAUGAGGAGUUUGUGGUUACCAUUGAUGAAACAUUGCAACUACCUCGGGAGGUCUACAGCGGGACCUAACUAUUGGAAUGCCACUGCAGCUGCCAGUCUUUUAAUCCACCUUGAGGGCCAGGAAAUUUGCACAGCAGCAAGUUUGCUCGUCUUUAAUUAACGAGAGACACUGCCUGGCCUCGUUUGAAUCAAUGCAACAUGCCCUGCUCGUUGCUUGGGGUGUAAUCACAAGAUGUUUGUCUGGAAAGGUUUUCUGAAAAUGAUCCGGGAGAGAGACGGAAUAGCCGCGACUGGGUGAACCCAGAUUCGACGCUCUUUGAUCUUUUGAUCAAAUCCGAUUAAACGCUCUUUCUCUGACGCUUGAUCUCUCAGCCGAAACAGCUGUGUGGAAAGAACCGCGACACAGCUACAGUUUAGGCAACACAUUUUGUGUAUGACAUUUUGAAUCUUUGAUCAGACUGCGAAAUACCACUUGUUACGUGUCGGAAUUCUGUCUUUUUCCCUUAAACACACUCUGAAUCUUUGUCAGUUCACAUGCAGCAGUCAAUUGCAUCAUGUUAUCAUUUCCUUAUUCCAUGUGUUCAAACUGAUGAGGAUCCAGCACAUCUCAGGCACUGCAACCAAGAGCCACCUGAUGUUCUAGUCAUGUUCCAUUCGCAGAACCAAGAGCCACCUGAUGAUCUGGUCAUGUUCCAUUCGCAGAACCAAGAGCCACCUGAUGUUCUGGUCAUGUUCCAUUCGCAGAACCAAGAGCCACCUGAUGUUCUAGUCAUGUUCCAUUCGCAGAACCAAGGUCACCCAAGGUCACCCAAACUGCAUUUUUGUUGUCCUGCCAUAAGCAUCCACACCCACGAUGGGGGGAAUUAUUGCACAAAACGAGCAAUCACUUACUCAUGUGUACUGUAAAUACAAACACCAAAUACUGUCUUUGAGUUCUCUCUCUCUCUUGCUCUCUCUCUCUCUCUCUCUCUCUCUCUCUGUCUGUCUCUUUCUAACUCUGUUGGGUAAACGUGUGCCAGUGUGACCUUAAAAUGGCUGUUUUGUUCUCCAGUCUCCAUAUGUGUGUGUGUGUGCUUGCAUUUUACAAUGAAAAUAUGUGGCUCCUCACCGCUCCUCCCCCCACCCCCCCGUACCCCCCUUAGUACCUCCUAAAGAUAAGGGCUAUGCACCAGUGUGUAGCGUUUUACUGUGUUUGUCCGUGCAUUGACUUCUUCUAGGGACAGAGAAUCAGAGUGCUUCUCACACACCCAGCCAAUUCAUGCAUAAAAUCAUGCAGAUUGUAACAACCUGUGCAGUAUUUCAGUAAAAUGCACAAAUAAAAUGAUAGCUGAUUUGAAUUUAUUGAGAAAAAAAAAGCCAGUGUUAGAACACAAAUGGGACAUUCUUAAAUGUUGACAAAAGUACAAUCAUUAGAGUUAAGGUUUCUAUUUUAUGACUUACUAUGACUCCGUUAGCACUUUUCUAAGACCUGAAAUGACUUUAGAGGCACAUCUAUAAAAUAUAAAAUAUCCUGCAGCUCCUCACAAAUGUCUCGAGGCAGCACGGAGAGUAGGAGAAUAAGAUCUGUGAACUGUACACGUGUCCGACUCUCUUUGCCUGAUGUCCAACAUCUCUCUACGGCACUCCUCCCUGCUUUCCUCUGUAGUUUGCAGUGUCUGAAAUCUGAAUAAAGAGCGAAUCAUUCAGCAAAA